UUGGCCCGGAGGUGUACUACUUUGCUCAAGACUGAUUGGCCAAGACAACAGACUUGGGCUUUCAAAAACAUAUAAAUACCCCAGGCAGCUACUGCUCAACGUCUUUGAUUUGAUCAAAGAACACCGGAGAAACAGCCACAAAAUGCCGGCUCUCAGUCUGGUCGCUCUGGUCAGCUUGGUGUCCACUGUUUUUGCCGAGCAGUUGGACGCAUACCCGCCCCAAGGACAAGGACGACAACAACAACAACACAAACACUGGGCACAGAUCUGCAGCGGGAAUCCCACCAACAAAAUCCGGGGCUGCGAUAGAUACGGCUGUGGCUAUUUCGGCGCGGACAGGCACAGCGGUAAAGGAAAGCACACGGGCGUGGAUGUCAUCUGUGCCGAUGGAGCGACAGUGUAUGCUCCCUUCAGCGGCCAGCUCUCCGGACCCAUUCGCUUCUUUCAUAAUGGAAAUGCCAUCGAUGAUGGAGUCCAAAUCAGGGGAUCAGGUUACUGUGUAAAGCUCGUCUGUAUUCACCCCAUCAGAUACCACGGCCAAAUCUACAGAGGGCAACAACUUGGGAGAAUGCUGCCAAUGCAAAGAGUAUUUCCUGGCAUUAUCUCUCACAUCCACGUUGAGAACUGCGACCACUCUGAUCCUACUCAAGUCCUUACGCCUGUUGUUCCACCAUUCCCCCAACAAGACACACGCUGGGCAACGCUGUGCUCUGGGAAUCCUACAAACGAGAUAAGAGGCUGUGAUAACUACGGCUGCGGAUACUACGGAGCUCCAAGACAAAAGGGUAAAGGGAAGCACACGGGAGUAGAUGUCAUCUGUACUGAUGGAGCCACCGUGUACGCUCCCUUUUCUGGAGAGCUUUCUGGACCCAUUAAAUUCUUCCACAACGGAAAUGCCAUUGAUGAUGGAGUCCAAAUCAGAGGAUCAGGCUUCUGUGUAAAACUACUCUGCAUCCACCCCAUCCGAUACCAAGGUAGAGUUUCUAAGGGACAAAUCCUUGGGAAAAUGUUGCCAAUGCAAAGAGUAUUUCCUGGGAUCACGUCUCAUAUUCACGUUGAGAACUGCGAUCGCUCAGAUCCUACCAGCAAUCUCGAACGGGGGAAAGGGAAGAGGGUGUGAAAUGGAAAUACAGUAAAUUUCAAAUAAACUCAUCUCAGCAUCCAAAAAUUGUUUCUUCUUAUCAUGUGGACAGCCUAUCUCAGGGAAGGAAGGAAAAAAAAUGCAUUUUACAGAAUUAAAAAAGUUAUGCAAUAUGCACACCAACAGUUUAGCUUGCUACUGAUGCAAUACUUCGGGCCUUACAUAAUAUUGCAAGGUGCUAACGUUAAUACACACCAGGUACUGGUUAGGUACUAGUUUUUAAGUACCUGUAAUUACUGUGAACAUUCUACCUUAGGCUAAUUUGCAAAAUUUA